CACCACCACUGCUAAGGAGGAUGAAGGCCCUGUUGUUGUUGGUCAUCUUCACCCUGUUAUCGUCGCUCGGCGAUGGCAGCGUUGGCUCGAUCAUCAGCUCCUCCGUCUUCGACCAGAUGUUGAAGCAUCGCAACGACGCAGCCUGCCCCGGCAAGGGCUUCUACACGUACACCGCCUUCAUCGCCGCCGCCAACUCCUUCAGUGGGUUCGGGACGACCGGCGACGACGCCACGAAGAAGAGGGAGAUCGCGGCUUUCUUGGCGCAGACGUCUCACGAGACGACAGGUGGGUGGCCGACGGCGCCCGAUGGCCCGUACGCGUGGGGUUACUGCUUCGUCAGUGAACGGAACCCCCCAAAGGACUACUGCGUCACCAGCUCGCAGUGGCCGUGCGCUGCAGGCAAGAAGUACUACGGCCGAGGCCCCAUCCAAAUCUCAUACAACUACAACUACGGGCCGGCCGGGAGAGCCAUCGGCUCCGACCUACUCAAGAACCCAGACCUGGUGGCCACCGACGCGACCAUCUCGUUCAAGACGGCUCUGUGGUUCUGGAUGACUACUCAGUCGCCCAAGCCGUCGUGCCACAACGUGAUAACCGGGAGUUGGAAGCCAACCAACGCCGACCAGGCGGCCGGAAGGCUUCCGGGCUACGGUGUCAUCACCAACAUCAUCAAUGGAGGGUUGGAGUGCGGGAAAGGGUCCGAUUCCAGGGUGGCGGAUAGGAUCGGCUUCUACAAGAAGUACUGCGACUUGCUGGGGGUGAGCUACGGAGACAACUUGGACUGCUACAACCAGAAACCCUUUACUUAGUCCGAGACUACUGUGACGAAUCCAUGUAAUAACGCAAUAAACGCUAUUACUGAGAUAGCGACUCCGUGAGUUGACUGUAGAAGUUGCGGAGGAAGUCUUCAAUAAAAGCUAAGCUGAACCAA